AUGGAGGUUGUUAGAGAUAUGGAGAGUCUCAUGUCAAAAUACUGGUGGAGGAACUCGGCUAAUAGUAACUCCGGUAUUCAUUGGAUGUCCUGGGAGAGACUUUGUCAUCACAAAACUGAAGGAGGUAUGGGGUUCAGAAAUCUAAGAGACUUUAAUCUGGCAAUGUUAGGGAAACAAGGUUGGCGCUUACUAACCAAACCCAAUUCUUUGGUAGCUCGAAUCUUCAAAGCUCGAUACUUUUCGAAUGGUACGUUUCUUACGGCUGAAAUUGGUUCUAAUCCUAGUUUUGUGUGGAGAAGCAUACUUGAGGCACAACAUCUGGUUGCUAGUGGAGUAAGAUGGGCAGUUGGUGAUGGUAAGAACAUUGAUGUUUUAGGAGACCCUUGGUUGCCGGAUAAAGCUAAUCCUUGGGUCAUUUCCUCACAUCCGGGGCUUCAUAAUGCUAAAGUGGCCAAUCUAUUGACUAUUGAGGGGCUUAGUUGA